CAUUGGUGUAUGCGUAGAUAAAUUAGAAUAUGUCGACUAGGAUACUGUUUUCUAGGAUGGUGUUUUCGAGAAUUUAAUGACGGCUAACGGGUACACAUAUGUGUAAUAAAAACUACUAAUUGUUCCAACGAUAGAUAUGUGUAAUUCACACAGAGUCGCACAAACAGGAAGUAAGAGGAACAAGCCAAUCAGCUCCACGGAGCAUGUGUCACGCGUGAUGCACCGUCUCUGGUGAAGGUUACGGUUAGUUGAACGUGUGCACUGUUACCUGUUACCUGUUACCGGAAGCAGAGGCUACAGACAGAUUCGGGAAACAACGCCGUGCGCAGUUGCGCAAGGUUGUAGCAAGCAACAAAACAACCUGAAGAGGCGGUUCUGAGCCGAAAGAGCCAGUUCUCUAAAAAGAGCCGGAAAUCCCAUCACUACUAAUCAGAGACGCCCAGAGCUCCAUCUCUUCAGCCACCUUCUCUAGCUAUCCUGGGGGGACACCAAGUGAUGGCAGGCCUGUCCAGCUAUGCAUUGCGGAUGGCCAGACUGAGCUCACAGAUCUUUGGAGAAGUUGUGCAUCCAACUGACCCGAAAUCUAUGAAGGUGGUCCAGCUAUUCCAGGAGCCCCCUACGGCCAAGAGGAAGGAGGUGUAUGACUGGUACCCACACCACAAGAUUUACUACGCUGUGACCCAGAAGCUCAGGUUCAUGGGUCUGUUCAGAGAUGAGCAUGAAGACUUCAAGGAGGAGAUGCGUCGUCUGAGGAAACUGAGAGGAAAAGGGACGCCAAAAAAAGGAGAGGGGAAGAGAGCAGGCAAGAAGAAGUGAACUGCGGCACGUCUGCUCCCCGAGGCUGCACAGGACUCGUUCUUCGGUUUCUGUGCAGGCUGCGCUGGCUGCUGUGCACCGUGGUGGGAUGCUGGUCCUGAGAGCGUUCCACUGGUCGGGACUGUCCUGUGUUUCUGUGCUGACAGGACGCUCUGAGUCGGGCGUAUCCCACUUCUGUUAAAUUGUGUAUGUCAUUGAACGUGUGUGUGGCAGUAAGAGGGCUGUGCUUAUAUCUUAUUACCACAUAAUAAUGCCUUUCUGUCGAACAGCCCAGGAGGAAGCGUUAGCUGCUGACAGCUUGACUGUGGAUGGAACGGCUCAAAUGUAUAGAAGUAGACACCCUUAUUUUUCACAAUAAAGUCAAUGUGAUAAAUCUGCA